AGAAAAAAGUUUGGGGACCUCUGAAGUACAGGUACAAGGUACAAAUACCUGUCAGAGAUCUGAUUUCAGUGAUGCAGUGUAUGCAGAACCCUCAUCAAUGAAGCCAAGGGACCAGCCAAAAAUAGAUUAGCCAGAAUCUGAAAGUGAAAGUGACAUGAAAGUGUAAUUCCAUCCAUGCAGUGUGUAGGUAGCGUGAUGAGCCUAUGCAACUUCAUAGGCAGAGGAGUACUGGAUCAUUCAUCAUGCAUCAUUCCACGCUGUGAGUCGCUGUCUGUUUUUGUGCGUCUGCCUGCCGUGUUUUGGGUCUCCUGAGGGUGGCGUCAAACACAUCACAUACACGGGGCCAGGGGCAUAGAUGAUUGCCAAUGCACAGCACAACACUGUUAGAAAUAACUGUGAUUUUAUGAUUAAGUCCAGUUCAUACCACUCACACAAGUAGCCUACCAAAUACAUUUACCACUUCAGCAUAAUGUGUUAAACGUUCCCCAAUGGUCAAUUAAUUAAUUAAUCUUGAGAUAGUGAAGUAGCAGCAAUGUCUGAACAUGCAAACAGAUAGCUGUUGACAGCAGAUACGGUACAAACCCUUAUGGACAAGACCCAGGGCCACAGGUUCUCCCUCGCCUACAGGGUCAACAGUGUCCCUCAUUGGCCCUGCGCCGUCUACUGCUCCAGUCCGUAAACACAUAAAAUAGCUAGCCACAGAACGGCCUGGGCUGGAAAAUGGCGGCAGGAGGUACUGCGGCAAGCAGCCACGGAAGCCGUGGCUCGGCUGCCGCGCUAGAAUUAUCUUUAGACCGUCGUUUUCAAGUAGUUUCCAAUACUAUGGAGUCGAUACAAGGACUGUCAACGUGGUGUAUUGACAACAAAAAGUAUCACAACAACAUCGUCCGUGGCUGGUUGAAGUGGAUCAAACAAUCUGAAGUCCCUCACCGGCUGAACCUCUUCUACCUGGCCAAUGACGUCAUCCAGAACUGCAAGCGGCGCAACGCCAUCGUCUACCGCACCUCCUUCACCACCGUGCUGCCUGACGCCAUGGACGUCUUCAGUGCGGUGGAUGAGCCCAAGGUGCGGAAUGCAGUGGAGAGGACGCUCACCAUCUGGGAGGAGAGGAACGUCUACUCAGAGGAGUUCAUCACCCAGCUCAGGAACCAGCUGCAGGAGAAGGAACCUGAGGAACCAGCAGUUGCAACUCCCGUUGAAACCCCCACGGCAACCCCUAAAGUCACUGCAGCGCAGAAGUCGAAGAUUGUGGCGGAGUUUGUGCCGCAUGCGUUCAUCCAGAAGCUUGGGAAGUUCCGCUCCUCAGUGGACGAAGUGGAGCUGCGGGAGAAGCAGCUGGCCGCCAUGAGGGUGGACGUCUGCAGCACCGAGGCCCUCAAGAAGCUCAAAGAUAAAGCGGGUGGCAGGAAGUUUGCCAAGGACUUUGAGGAGGGCAGUGCCAAGCUGCAGGAGUUUGUGUCGAUCCUGGAGGGUCAAGUGAAGAAGGGCCCGCUGCUGCUGGAGGCCCUGACCAACGCAGACGUCUUCUACGAGAUGCAGUACAAGGAGGUCAAGGUCGUCACCAAGGCCUAUGAAACCUUUGCUAACCGGGUGAACCACCUGAAGCGCAAGCUGGACUCUCUGAAGGAGAACCUGCCCUCCAUGGACGACUCGCCCCUCCCCUCCCCCUGCGCUGACGCCCCCUCCCCGGCGGGCUCCGAGUCACCCUACCACGGCAACAUGGACCUGGACGGUGUGGCGAUGGACGACACGGGCACCGAGAACCUCAUCCAUCUGGGGGACGCCCCGAGUCCCCUGUCGUCUGCCGGCGGAUCCCCGAAAUGGUCCCCGGUCAUGAACCCGGUCGGGCAGUUGGAUAACAUAGAGGUGGAGGACAUGGAGAUGUCUGACGGAGAGGACUCGGACGGAGGAGGCAUCAUAGCAGUAGAGGAGCCUGUGGAAAUAGCCACACCCAUUGUUCCUGUGGUAUCCAAUCCAGCUCCAACACCUGCUGUCACUCAACCUGCAGUGGCCAAUGAGACGGCUCCAUCGUCGCACCAGGCCACUCCGUCUAUGCAACAAGCUGCUCCUUCACAGACGGCGCCUUCGGUGCUCCCAGCCGCUCCUUCACAAGUGCAGCAGGCCACUCCAUUGUUGCAGCAGGCUGCUGUGUCACCGGUGACCACUGCAUCCAGUAGCAGUGUUGCAGCACCAUCUUUGGGCCAGGCUGCUCCUUCUCUGUACCAGGCUGCUCCUACGCUGAAAACCACUAUAGCGCCCAGUAGCAGUGCUGUGACGUCAGCGUUGCACCAGACCGUUUCAUCGAUGCACCAGACCGUUUCAUCGAUGCACCAGACCGUUUCAUCGAUGCACCAGGACGCUCCUUCAUUGCAGAAGGCAACUCCUUCGCCAGUGCCCCAGGUUGCUCCAUCGAUGACCGAGACUGCUCCUGUGCACCAGGCUGCUCCUGUGCACCAGGCUGCUCCGUCGCAGAAACCCACUUUAGCACCUAGUAGUAGCAGUGCCGUGACGCCGGCAGCCACACAUGCCCUUCCACCCGGUCUGGCCAACGUUGACCUCGGCAAGAUCAGCUCCAUCCUCAACUCCAUCAUGAAGAACUCUGGAGGUCCCCGGCCAUCUAGUGACCCACCUGCGAGCGCCAGUAAGCCAGCUCCACCUCAGCAGAGCUCAGCUGCACCCCCUAGCCAGAGCUCCGCGUCCCUGGCCAGCAUCCUGUCCAAAGUGGACACCAACACCAUCCUCAGUGCCCUCUCCAAAACACAAAGCCAGGGUGGUGGCCUGCAGGGGUUCUCCUCCAUUCUAAACAGUGAAGGGAUGAAGAUGAGAGAAAAGCCUCCUGCUACUUCCCAACCCUCUGGCGCCUCCUUCCCAGCACCUUCCAAGGACUCGAUGACUAGCGUCAGCAAGGUUUCCUCCGUCACAGGAAAACAAGGACCCGGCCCUUCUUCCUCUUUCACCCCAAAGCAGGCUCCUGCUGACAAGCAGUCAGAGAAACCUGGUGUUCAAGAAAAGGCAGCUCCCUCGAAUCUGGACUCCAGGUUACACAGCUUCUUCCAGAACUCACAGGGGCUUGCCGCCUUUGGCAUUGACUUGGCUCUGGGCCCGCGCUCAGGUUCUCUUGGGAAAAGGGGCCCAGGUGCUGCACCCACCGCCGCACCUGCUCUUGGACAGUCUGCUGUCAGCAACAGCCCUUCUCUGGGGCAAGAGAACCCAGGAGGUACCCCUGUGAGGGACGAGUCGGGUGGCACUCCCACUCAAGAUGAGGCUCAAGACGACGCCUCGGGGAACGUAAUAUCCACGCUUCAGGGAGGCCUUCCAAAACCCGCUGCGACCAAUCCAACAGCUCCAGUACCAAGCGGUGGUCAGCCAGCCCCAGCUGUGCAUGGCACUGAAUUCUGGAGAAAUCCAAAGGCCCCCAAUCCAAGUGCCCCAAUUUCUUCGUUGUAUGCCACACCGAACGGCAGGCAGUUCCAACAGGUAGAUUACAACGGAAUGGGCAAGGUAGGAGGUGGCGGUGGACCGUCCAAUCCAACAGCCGUCCCCCACGCAGCUCCUGGUGGCGGGCUACCACCUGACAGUCACAUGGGUCCUGGCGAGUUGAGACGUGACCCAAACUUGGCAGAAGGAGGUUGGUAUGGCCAGCAACAAGCGGACCAGCAGGGAGACGGGAGACCCGCUGCGGUUGGCGGCCCAUCAUUGAACUACGGGAGAGAACGACCAGGUGCUGAUCCCCACGCGUCUACGUCCCUUCCAACUCGGAACUUUUUCAACACACCUUUGCCACCCAUACCGUCCCUUCCUUUGCCACCCUUUCCCUCUCAUCCUGGUCCUCCAAAGGACAUUGUGCCAGGUUCCUCCUCCAGCAGGCUUGACCAUCAACCUUCAGCAGAGCCCCGUGAAAACCCCAACCACCCGGAGGAGUACCCGCCACACCCUGGUCCGCCACACCAUGGCCCAGCCCACCAUGGCCCACCGCAGCCCAGUCACCCAAACCAUGGGCCACCCCACUCUGGUCCAACCCACCAUGGCCCACCCCAGCCUAGUCACCCAAACCAUGGUCCACCCCACACUGGUCCACCCCAGCCUAGUCACCCAAACCAUGGUCCACCCCACACUGGUCCACCCCAGCCUAGUCACCCAAACCAUGGUCCACCCCAUCCUGGUCAGCCUUCCCAUGGUCCACCCCACCCUGGUCCGCCUUCCCAUGGUACACCACACCCAGGUGUUGCCCCCCAUGGUCCACCACAGCAUGAUCCCCUUGACCAUGAUCCAUCUCAUUUUGAGCCUUCAGUUCGAGAGGACAUGCUUCUGCGGUACCCUGAGCACGAAGAGGGCCUGAGGCACCCGGAGAUGAGGCACCCAGACGAGCCCCCAUUUCCCCAUCAGCAUCUGUAUGACCACCCUCACCCUCACCACCGGCCGCCAGGUCCAGACCUUGACCCCAUGCACCCAGACCUGGACCCCAGACACCCAGAAUUGGACCACAGGCACCCAGACCUGGACCCCAGACACCCCCAUCACCUGCCUCGCCGGGGCCUUUCUCCCCCACCCGGCCCCAUGGGUGACUAUUAUGACUCUCGCAGCCCCCCGCGCCCUCACCCUCACCCUCACCCUCCCGUCAGGCCAGGUUACUAUGACGACCGCAGCCCGUCCCCUCCUCCCUUCGAGGACCCCUACUAUGACCGGUACUACGACCGCGAAGCCCGCAGCCCUUCGCCACCCCCUUACCCUUACGGAAGACCGCCACUGUCCCCGCACGCGCUUCCUCCCGAGUACGACCUCCCGCCUGAAUAUGACCUUCCGCCGGAAUACGACCUUCCCCCUGACUACGACCCCUACGACCUUCCGCCUCCGCCUCAUCACAGACACCCGCAGCAUCAGUUCCACCCGCGUCCUCCGCGGCCGAUGCACCACAUGGAAGACAUCCCACAGGGACCACCGGGCCCCAGGCGCCCGCCGCCCCAUCACCACCCCCGCCACCCUCACGGCCCUCACCACAGGCCCAUGAAAAGGCCGGGCCCUCGGGGGUUUGGGGGGCCUCCAAGAGGCGGUGGGCCAUUUUUCCCUCCAAAGAGACCUUACCUGCCACCUCGCUUCUAAGGUUUCU